CUCUGGAGGAGGCUACCACGUCCAAGUGGGAGGUCAAGCAAAUGACCUCGGCCAAAGCACUGAAAAAGGCUGCAGACAUGGGCGAUCAGGAUCACUCGGAGGGGCUGAAGCUGCUUUGCCUGAUGCUCAUGUAUGCGGAGGAUGCGGACAGAGGCUCCAACUUUGAGAAGGAUGGAGUAUUGGACAAUCAGCUGCUUGGGCUGCCCGAGGAGAAUCUCAACGAGGUCAUCCAACGAGUGGUCAAGAACUGAAGCUAUGCGUGGGGUUACGGCCAGAAGGCCAGUUCUUUCAAAAGCAGAUAUAUGCUUACCGCCUGCAUUUUGGUACUUCCAAUCCCUACGGCGUGUUCCAAAGUCAAGGUUCGGAGCCUUGUUCCUUCAUGUUGUCAACGUCGGUGACUCGCUGCGUUUCUUGUCCAAGUUUCGCCUGCAACCGUGUUUGCACCGUGUGGCGCCGUGUCACGAGCGCUGGACGUCCGGGCCGCGUUACUCUAUCAUUUAUUUCCUGCGACCGAGUGACGAUGCCGAAUUCGUCGACUCAGAGGGGGCGCACUGGACGGGUCGAGGCUGGCUUCAUCGGAAGUUUGGUAACUAUAGGCUGACGCACGAAGAGCAGGGUCAGACUGCUAUAGCAACAGGUGGGAAGGGGUUUCUUGGUCUUUGGGGUACGUGAUGGGGC